GUUACUGCCAGUUUCUUGGUCCCAUAAGACCAGACGCCGCUGCCGUCAUCACCCUUCCCUCUCCCUCGGUUUCUCUCUGAAGUCGCGGGAGCCAGCCGAUUCUUUUCUCUCUUCCUCCCUGCCGUUGCCGGUCUCUUUCGGUGCCCUAAUUCUCGAGUCUCAGGAUUCUUUCGGUAUUGAUUUUUAGGGUUUAGGCGCUUCCUUUGCGAGUGCGCAGAGCAACCUAGGGAUCGCUGGCUGAUGUCCUUCCCAGCUUUAAAUUCAAGGUGGAGCGCAAAGUUGUAAUGAUCUUCAUGCCCCUUGCCGGCUGAGAAAUGGCAUGAAUAUGUCGUUUCGAAUAUUUAUGCGAUGCACAGAGAGAGUGACGGUUGAUGCUGUAAACAAGUGAAGCGCCAUUGGCCGAGAUUUACUUCCGUGAUUCAUUGGUGUUGCUGAUUAUUGUGCACAAUUACUUUUCUAAUACACCUGAACCACUAAUGAGAUGGAUAUUGAAGACAAGGAACUUAAAUCAACUGCCACUGGCCAGAAGGCAGUGGUGCCAACUAUGGCUAGGAUGGAACGUCAAGAGGCAGAAUUGGGAUGUAUUGUGGUGGAAGUCCAGGUUGAUCAGGUUUUAUCAAAGUCAACUGUGAACAAGUUGGAACAUAAGAAUGAGUUGGAGAGGACUGCUGGAGAAAUUAAGAUGGGGGAGAAAGUAUUGAGUUUGUCACUGAAGAAUGAUGCUAAACAGGACCUAGAACCAACUAGGAAGGAAACUGAAGGAAGGGAGUGUGGCAUAGAGGCUUUGAACUCCAAGACAAAUAAGGUUCAAUGUGAGCAGAUGGAGCUGGAUUCAUCUGUUGCUGAAAUAGAGGACGAACAGACAAUCUCUGAAGAUGGUGAAGGUGAGUCCAGUGAUUCAUAUACUGAUUAUUCUGACAAAGAAACAACAACAUCUGAAGGUGGUGACCGAUUAAAUUAUGAGGUACCAUUAACUGACCAUGAAGUUGAUGAACUAAUAGCAGAACUUCUAGAAACUGAGAGUAAGGCAGCAGAGGCUCAAGAAACUCUUGAAAAGGAGUCACUUGCUCAUGUGGAGAAUGAAGUUAGGUUAGAGUUGGCAGGAAAUCUUCAAGGAGAUGAUCUGGAUAUGGCAGUGGAAGAAGAAAUGAAAACAUUUGUAGAGCAGUGGGAAGAAGUGCUCGAUGAUUUGGAAGCUGAGAGUGCACUCUUAUUGGAGCAGCUUGAUGGGGCUGGGGUGGACCUUCCUGGUCUCUUUAAGUGGAUUGAGCAACAGGCACCAGAAGGCUGCAGCACAGAAGCUUGGAGAAAACGGAUACAUUGGGCUGGUUCCCAAAUGACUAAUGAAGUCAGAGAGGCAAUUUCAGGUGCAGAAAAUUAUCUGCAAGAGUGUCGCCCUGUAAAAAGGCGGCAUGGUAAAGUAUUGGAAGAAGGAGCUAGUGGGUUUCUUGCGAAGAAGCUUAAAAUUGAUGAUGGCGAAGAAGGAACAAAGGACAAUUUAGGAAAGGAUUGGGAUUGUGUAAAUGAACUUCUCCAGCCUCGGGGAUCCACUGAGGGUGAUUUGUUUGGCUCUGCACACUGGGCUUCUGUAUACUUAGCUAGUACACCACAAGAAGCUGCAAAUAUGGGGCUCAAACUGCCUGGUGUCAAUGAGGUGGAAGAAAUAGAUGAUAUUGAUGGUUGUUCUGGAAACCCAUUUUAUGAUGCUGCUGUUGCAGGAGAGAAAGAAACAGGUUUUACUGAUGAGCAGAAAAUAAAUUUCCGGAAGAUUGUUGAAGAGGAUGAUUUGAAUAUUUCUCGGAAACUGCAAAUUCAUUUGAAGCAAAGAAGGCACAGAAAUCUUCGGAAAAGGCAGCAAAGUGUUGAACUUAACAAGCUGGAGCUUGAAGCUGAUUCUGCUUAUAGUUUCAACUCUCGGGGAACUGGUGAUUUGGGUGCUACGGGUGAGCUCAGUGGUGAGGGCAUGAAGAGCUGCAGCACAUCUGCUGACUUGGGGGACUCUUCGUCACCAAUUAUAUUUGGGAAUGGUUUAUUGAAACAUUCACGUGAGAAUGAGGAGCAUAAAGAGGACCCAAUGGUAAUAAUUGACAGUGACGAUGAUAUAGAUUUUAAAAUGGAAAAUGUGUCUGGUCAUGCUACCAGUCAGUCCAAGAUGUUAACUGAACCUGGUCUGCAAGGCAAAGAACUGGUGGAAAUUGUUGAUGACGAUUCACAUCUUGAUUAUAGGAAGGGUACUGUUGUCCACAUGACGGUGCACACAAGAAUUUUUCGUUGUACUGUGUGUUUUGAAGUUCUGGAAGCUUCUGAUGUGCGUAGGCAUCCAGUUUUGGAAGUAAUCAUAUGUGAGAGCUGCAAAAAGUCUUUUGAAGUGAAGUUAUCUCAAAAGGAUCCUGACUGCUCUGAGUGUUCCUGUGGAUGGUGUGGAAGGAGCAAUGAUCUGAUAAAUUGUAAAACAUGCAAAAUGUUGUUCUGUACCAUUUGUAUCAGAAGGAAUUUGGGUGAAGAUUGUCUCAAACCUAAUGGUUGGGUUUGCUGCUGCUGCUGCCGUAGCAUGUUGGAACAGCUUAUCUCGGAUUGUAAAGAAGCCCUCACAACAGAUAGCUUGGUUGUUUCAUGCUCUGAAAGUGGCUCUGAAUUGUCCAAUGGAGAUAUUGAUGUUUCUAUGAGCAACAAGAAACGCCAUAAGAAGAGGAUUAGGAGAAUUAUGGAUGAUGCUGAACUUGGGGAAGAAACCAAGAAGAAAAUUGCAAUUGAAAAGGAGCGUCAAGAACAUAUAAGGUCAUUGCACAUUGCGGGAAAAUCCUGGAGUGCAUUCAUAUCUGAUCAGAGUGGGUCCGAUGCUAAAAUUAGUGCUGAGGAACUGACAGGGGAUGCUGCAAACGGUUACAUAGUGAAUGUAGCCCGGGAAGAGAAUGAGGAGCCUAUAAGGGUGCCUUCAAGCAUUUCAACCUUCUUGAAGCCACAUCAGAUUGCAGGAAUACGUUUUAUGUGGGAAAAUUGCAUUCAAUCUGUUCGAAAGGUGAAAUCUGGAGAUAAAGGGCUUGGUUGCAUUUUAGCUCACACCAUGGGCCUUGGAAAGACUUUACAGGUCAUAGCAUUUCUCUAUACUGCUAUGAGAACCGUGGAUCUGGGACUUAGAACGGCACUUGUGGUUACACCAGUUAAUGUUCUACACAACUGGAGGCAGGAGUUUGUAAAGUGGAAACCUUCUGAGCUGAAAUCCCUUCGGGUAUUCAUGCUGGAAGACGUCUCCAGGGAAAAUUGGCAGCGAGCAAAGUUGCUUGCAAAGUGGAGACGUAAAGGUGGUGUUCUGCUAAUUGGCUAUGCAGCUUUUCGAAACUUAUCACUUGGGAAAUUUGUCAAAGACAAAAAUAUUGCUGGAGAGAUCUGUGAAGCCUUACAGAAUGGGCCUGAUGUCCUGGUCUGCGAUGAGGCUCACAUGAUUAAAAAUACAAGGGCUGACAUCACUCACGCCUUAAGGCAGGUGAAAUGCCAGAGAAGAAUUGCUUUAACUGGUUCACCAUUGCAAAACAAUUUGAUGGAGUAUUAUUGUAUGGUUGACUUUGUGAGGGAAGGAUUCCUUGGAAGCAGCCAUGAGUUUAGAAACAGGUUUCAGAACCCUAUAGAGAAUGGACAACAUACAAAUUCUACACUAGAAGAUGUAAAGAUCAUGAAUCAAAGGUCACACAUCCUCUAUGAACAAUUAAAAGGAUUUGUCCACAGAAUGGAUUCAUCAGUGGUGAAGAAGGAAUUGCCUCCUAAAACCGUCUAUGUAAUAUCUGUCAAGCUUUCUCCAUUGCAGAGAAAGCUGUAUAAAAAAUUUUUGGAUGUCCAUGGUUUCACGAAUGGCAGAGCUUCUAAUGAAAAAGCAAAUAGAAGGAGCUGCUUCUUUGCUGGAUAUCAGGCCUUAGCUCAGAUAUGGAAUCAUCCGGGACUACUGCAAAUGACCAAGGAGUACAAAGAAAACCAAAGACGUGAAGAAGCAGUUGAGAAUUUUCUGGUGGAUGGCAGUUCUAGUGAUGACAACUUAGACCGUGAUAUUGCAGGAGAAAAGCCAAAGCUGAAGUCUGAGUUUCCAAACAGGAAGACUGAUACUGGAUUCUUUGACGAGGAUAGCGAUUGGUGGUUAGAUGUUCUUGAAGACAAAAUUUGCAGAGAGGCAGAUUAUAGUGGUAAAAUGGUCUUGCUUAUAGAUCUUCUAUCAAUGAGUUCUGAGGCUGGUGAUAAGACCCUUGUCUUUAGUCAGAGUUUGUUAACUCUAGAUCUUGUGGAGUUAUUCCUUGCAAAGUUACCACGGCGUGAAAGACAGGGUAAAUUUUGGAAGCAAGGAAAAGAUUGGUACAGGUUAGAUGGAAGCACAGAAGGUUCAGAAAGACAAAGGCUUGUUGAGAAGUUCAACAGCCCUGCAAAUGAUAGAGUAAAAUGUGCAUUAAUAUCUACAAGGGCUGGGUCUCUAGGAAUUAACCUUCACGCUGCUAACCGAGUGAUUGUUGUUGAUGGCUCGUGGAAUCCCACUCAUGACCUUCAAGCAAUCUACAGGGUUUGGAGAUAUGGGCAGACGAAGCCUGUUUAUGCAUACAGAUUGGUGGCACAUGGGACCAUGGAGGACAAAAUAUACAAGCGACAGGUUACAAAGGAAGGUCUUGCUGCCAGGGUAGUAGAUAGGCAACAGAUACACCGAACAAUGUCAAAAGAAGAAGUCCUCCAUCUCUUUGAGUUUGGGGAUGAGGAAAUCCUUGAAAUGAUGCCAGAACUAGCCAAAGAAGGCUCAAGUGUGUCUGAUCAAAAAAAGAGUGAAAUGGAAGACACUGAUCGAAAGAAGGAAAAAAUUGAAGUUGGCCUGAAGUUGAACCCUUUGCCUCUUCCUAGUGGUACUUGUUUGCCUGACAAGGUGAUGGAAAACUUGCUUAACCGACAUCAUCCAAGAUGGAUUGUAAGUUAUCACGAACAUGAGACACUUUUGCAAGAGAACGAAGAAGAGAAGCUGUCGAAGGAAGAGCAGGAUCUUGCUUGGGAGGCAUUCCGCAAGACUGUGGAGUGGGAGGAAGUGCAUCGCAUCUCGCUGGAUGAAGCAAAUGCACCAGCACCAGAUCAUAAACCCAGUAAUUCUGCUCCAAUAAAUGCCAUUCCUCCUGUCAAGAGUGGCUCGAGAGUCCGAUCUUCCCUACGCAGAUGUACCAAUCUUGCCCAUCUCCUAACUCUCAGGGGCAAGGGAAUCCAAGCAGGGUGUAGCACCGUCUGCAUGGAAUGUGCCAUGGAGAUAAGCUGGGAGGGUCUUAACCGAGAUGGGCGUAGCAGAUAGUUUACCCUGCUUUCUCCCAUUCUUACCUUCGGUCGCUGUUUUUUAAUUUAUGUAUAGCUUACGUAACUGUUAAUUGUGUAAAAGCACAUGUAAUGAGUCAAUUUUUUAAACAUUUUUGAGGAGGUGAGGCCUGAUGGUCUUUGAUUGGCUGGUGGUGUACAUAUGUAUAGGUCAGGCGUCGCCUAUGAAUCUGUAUUGAACAUUCACAUGGUGAGAGAUUUGUUGACAGCUCGAAAAUAAAAAAAGUUUCUCAGAGUA